UUUAUACAUUAUAAAUCAGUAAUAUUUGUGCAUUAUGCUAAAAAAUGAAUUAAACUGCUGCUACAAAUGUAGAAAAAUAAAAUUUUCCAGGUUUUUUACUACAAAUCAUGUUAAUUCAGAAAUAUUAUCGGAUCUGUUUGGGUUAAGUUCCUUAGAAUCGAAGUUGUUCAUAGAAAAAAACAAAUUACAAAAUAGAGAAGCACAACUUUUGAUGAAUUGCACAAAAUACUGCAGAAAGUUGGGUUACACCGAUAAUGAAAUUUUGGCAACUCCUACUUUAUUGCGGUUACAUCCUUUAGAACUUGAACAGCACCAUUUAAGUUUGGAAGAGGGUGGUUUUCAGUCAAUUGGCCCAAAAAUAUUGGCAAGGGCUCGAAAUUACAUGAGAAAGGUGAUCAGUAUCUUGAAAUCAAAAAAUAUUAUACAUGAGAAGACCAAUGUACCACAACAUUUUUUAAAUUAUAUUGAAGAUGUGAAUAUAGCAAAUAAAAUAUCAGUAAUACGAUUCUCUGAUGCUAAUGUAUGGAAUGAAGUUCAUAAAUCUAUUUUACAAUCUUUUUUGAGAAUGAGAUUAAAUGCAACUGAAGAUGAAAUCAUCAGAUUAUUCAGAAUUCAUAAAACAAUAAAGAAUAAAAGUUUUAGAGUAGUUCAGGAAAAUAUUGCUAUUGCUGAAGAUUUGGGUUUCGAUCAAAGAAAAUUAAUAAAACAUGGUUAUCUCUUGCAUAACUAUCCUAAGUAUCCAAAAACUGUUCUUAAGGAUUUUCCUAACUUAGCUGGUUCAGAUAUGAGAAAAGCUAUGUGGAUGUAUCCCAAGUUGGUAAUGGCAUCACCUACCAAUAUUAUCAAAAUAUACGGAACGCUAAAGGAAUUCGAUAUAGAAGAUGCAGUAAUAAGGAAGCAAAUGAACGUUUUCCAUUUGUCCCCAACUACAGUGAAGUUACGAUUAGAAGAAAUUGAACAGUCUCCAGAUUUCAGAGUAUUGCUAAAACAUCCAAAAUUGUUAUCUCUUAUUGUUCACCACAAUAGGGCAAAAUCUAGACUUUCAUUUCUACAGCAGUUGCAAUUAAGAUGUGCUAGUUUUACUGUUUUAGGGUAUGAUGACGAUGAGAUAUUCAACGAUUAUAUCAGAGAAGGAAAAGAUAUUAAUAAGUUUCUCGAUGUACUGAUAUUUUUAAAGAAAUUGUUCAAUGUGAAUGAGGAAUACAUUAAAAAGAAGUUGAAGAUUCAUCCAUUUUAUUUGCAAGUUCCCUUGAAAGAUAUGCAAAAUACUUACGAUUUUUUGAUCAGUCAACACUUUCGAUGUAGUGAUAUUCUUAAAGUUAUGCAAAUUAUAUUGUAUCCACAAGAGAAAAUAGAAAAAAAACUUAACGAAAUGCAAUCUAAUAAAGAAAUAAAUUUUGAAUCUGUUACUCCAGCGAAGAAAUUGAAUCUAUUACUGUACUUCAUAGAAAGAGAUCAUCAUUUUACUGGCAAUGGAAUAUGGAUGAAAUAUAAUGAGGUAACUGAUAUGUCAGAGAAAUCUAAUCAAUAAAAGCAUAGGUAAUUUUA